GCCUCGGCCCGGAGCGGAAGUAUAUCCGGCCGGGGGGCGGGGUGGUCGUGCGCGGAGUUUUUCUGGCCUGGCGGCGAGGCUACGCUGGCUAGCGGCCCGGUUCAGCGGCGAGCUUGGCCCGACUCUUCUGGCGGCAGGCGGCAGGACAGAUCCUGGGCCGUGAGCAUCUUCCAGCCAGACACUUAGCCUUCCAGGCCAGGGACCAGGGCUUACACGCCAACCGAAAACGUGCGGGACCUCCGAGCUUGGGGCCUGUCCCCAUGGCAGCGGUGGCCGGGCAGGAUGUGGAAGCACCGGAAGGAAGUGGCCGCCGGGCCAAGGAAGAACCAGGGGAGCCCUUAGCGCUGAAUUCCGAGAAGCCUGUCCUGGCUGCCCCCGGCCCUGCCGUCCUUGGAGGUGUUCUGAGAAGGACCAAGACAAAGCAGCCCCAGAGACGGUCUGGGGGAGCCCCGGGGGCCCGGUGACCUUCCCAUCGUGAGCGUCCCGCCCGGCCCUCCCUGUGGAGGCCUCGCGGGGGGCGUCCUGAGCGCGCGGCGGAGAUGUCCAACCCCUUCCUGAAGCAGGUCUUCAACAAGGACAAGACCUUCCGGCCCAAGCGCAAGUUUGAGCCAGGCACCCAGCGCUUCGAGCUGCACAAGAAGGCACAGGCGUCGCUGAACGCGGGGCUAGACCUGAAGCUGGCCGUGCAGCUGCCCGCUGGCGAGGAGCUCAACGACUGGGUGGCCGUGCACGUGGUCGACUUCUUCAACCGCGUCAACCUCAUCUACGGCACCAUCAGUGAUGGCUGCACCGAGCGCUCCUGCCCCGUCAUGUCAGGCGGCCCCAAGUAUGAGUACCGCUGGCAGGACGAGCACAGGUUCCGGCGGCCCACGGCGCUGUCGGCCCCCCGGUACAUGGACCUGCUCAUGGACUGGAUCGAGGUGCAGAUCAACAACGAGGACGUCUUCCCCACCAACGUCGGCACGCCGUUCCCCAAGAACUUCCUGCAGGUGGUGAAGAAGAUCCUGUCGCGGCUCUUCCGCGUGUUCGUGCACGUCUACAUCCACCACUUCGACCGCAUAGCGCAGCUGGGCUCAGAGGCGCACGUCAACACCUGCUAUAAGCACUUCUACUACUUCGUCACGGAGUUUGGCCUCAUUGACACCAAGGAGCUGGAGCCGCUGAAAGAAAUGACCGCACGGAUGUGCCACUGAGAGCCCCUCGGCCCCGUUGUCACCGAGUCCGCGCCCGGGGGACAGUCCUCCUUGAGGGCCACGUCUCCAGAACAGGGACCGGUAUUUUCUAGCCCAGGAAAUUCUGUGCUGUCUGGACUGCGUCCUCUCUCCGACCCCAAGGUGGCAGUACCCGUGGGUCUGAGCCUCCCUGAGCCCCAGUUUCCUCGGCCAGCGUGGGGGAGAUAGAUAGAACUUGAACUCCGUGAUUCCAUGUGUUGUGAGCAACCAGGAAAACCCACUUCGUUUGCAAACCGCUUGCACCUGCCCGGAGGCUGACCCCACUCGGGUCCGUCUCCUGCACCAGCCCGCCUGCUCAGCCGUGGGUGGCCAGGCCCCCAUCAGCGAGGCUGAGACCCCGCAGUGCCCCCAGCUGCGUCCCAGGCCUGGUUCCGAGUGGUACGAGCGCUCGGCUUGCGUCCUCCCCGCGUCCUCCCCCCCAGCCACUUCCGUCCCGCAGUUCCUCCAGGACCCUUAGGCUCCUGUGCUGGCUUCCCGAGCCCACCCCCACAUCCCAGGUGUCCUGGGGCCCCUUUGUGUCACAUAAAAGAUUGAAUUCGUCUAGUUGCAUUUACGACCACCAUGAGAUGUUACCAGAAGAAAAAAGUUUUUUACCUACAAGGAGUGAUCCCCCUCCCCUCUAGAAAAAUGUCCCCUUUCCGUCGUGAAUAGCAGUACGAUUCUGCCAGGGAACUUCUCUCCCCUGGUUUGGGACCUUUGAGUUUCGCCGAAUGUUUAGCCAGACUUAGCCUUGCUUCACACGCCUGCCAACUUCAUAUCGAAACCCUUUGUCAGCGUGGCCCUCCGUGGCUCCGGGACCAAAUCCCAGCACCGUCUCCCCGAAGAAGCUUUGGGGGCCCCGCCCGCUCGCACCCCACCCGCGCACAGCAUCCUCACGUGGCCUUUCGCCGUGGCGGUCCUGCCCGCCUGGACCAUACCGGCUCUGAGUACCCCUGGGUGUCUGGGACGCUCGCAGGGAGACGGGGCCGCCACCCGAAACGAACACCCAACAAGUGCAAUUAACACGACCUGGGCCUUGGUCCUUCCAGAAGUUGCCGGGGUCCGGGUCCCGCAGUCCUGGAAAGACUGCAGGAAACUGCCUGGUCACGUGUAGCUCCUCUUAAAUGCAGAACCACAACCAAACGCCAUAACCACUGUGCCACUCAGGUCACCAGCCAGGCUGGAAAGGUGGCAGGGCUGGAGGGGGGGCUCCCCUGCCCACCCUCUCGUGCCCGUGGGUGUUCCCACAGGACCAUCAGAAUAAAUCAUGUGUCUCCUUACCUGCACCUGCUGGUUGUCAUU